AUGAAGAGUUGCGUCCACGCAAUCGUGUUCAUAAUUCUGAUGAUCUCGUAUCUUUGGAGUUCUUCAGUUGCAUCAAUUGAAACAAGUUCUUUAGCAUCCAGCGCGCACAGAGGACCCCCGCGCUGUCCAUCACAGCUGCAGUCUCUCCCUGGCGGUGAUGUUAAGCUUCUCUGUGACACUGUUGUUGAGAGUGUUAGGGAAUUGACAGGGUACGAUAGGGUUAUGGUUUAUAAGUUUCACGCGGAUGAGCAUGGGGAGGUUGUUUAUGAGAGCAAGCGGCCUGAUUUAGAGCCUUACAUUGGUUUGCAUUAUCCCGCCACUGAUAUUCCUCAUGCUUCUAGGUUUUUUGACGAGGCUCUUGUGCAGCCUCUAUGUUUGGUUGGGUCAACGCUCAGGGCCCCCCAUGGUUGUCGUGCUCAGUACAUGGCUAACAUGGGGUCGAUUGCAUCUUUGGUCAUGGAUGUUAUUAUUAAUGGGAAUGAUGGGGAAGGUGUUGGUGGACGGAGUUCCAUGAGGCUGUGGGGGCUUGUUGUUUGCCAUCACACUUCUGCUAGGUGUAUUCCAUUUCCCUUGAGGUAUGCUUGUGAGUUUCUCAUGCAGGCCUUUGGGCUGCAGUUGAACAUGGAGCUUCAGUUGGCUGCCCAUGCAUUGGAGAAACGGGUUUUGAGGACGCAGACUCUGUUGUGUGAUAUGCUUCUUAGGGACUUGCCUACUGGCAUUAUUACUCAGAGUCCUAGUAUUAUGGACUUGGUGAAGAGUGAUGGAGCUGCACUUUACUACAAAGGGUAA